GGUAUACCAGGCAUACUUUGCCAAUGGUUAUUUAAUUUUUUAAUAGAUAGAACUUUGUAUAUAAGGCAUAAUAAUAUUCUCCAUGGUCCCAGAAGGGUCUCCAAAGGUACAAUGCAGGGGGCUACAUUAUCUCCAUUGUUGUACAACAUAUACACUAGUCAAAUUCUUAAUUUUGUAAAUAUAGAAGGUGUAAAUAUUUUACAAUUUGCGGAUGAUCUUGUAAUAUAUUGUACAGACCAUAAUGUAGAUAGAGCUGUAAAUAGUAUAAAUAAUGCUUUAGAGCAAUUGUACAUAUAUUAUAAUGACAAGUUGGCUCUACAGAUUAACCCUAACAAAAGCAAGGCCAUGAUUUUUAGUAAAGAUUUUCCCUCUAAUGGCAUACUCUACAAUAAUCAUCCAAUUUCAGUUGUAUCUAACCAUAAAUUCCUGGGUGUUGUCAUUGAUAACAAACUUUGUUUUAAUUUACACAUCAAUCACAUUAUAACUAACUCUCUUAAGGGCUUAAAUAUUAUAAGAUGUUUAGCUGGUGUGACUUGGGGUGCAGACCCCAAAGUUUUAAGUAUGCUAUAUAAAUCUAUAGUCAGAAGCCAUUUCGACUACAGUUGUUUAGCCUACUCAAAUAGUAGUUGUGUAAAAAAACUAGACAUAAUUCAAAACAAAGCUCUGCGAAUUAUUUCUGGGGCUAUGUGUUCAACUCCCAUACGAGCUAUGGAAGUUGAAACCAAAAUAAUGCCACUGUGUCUUAGAAGACUUCUGCUAAUAGAGAGAUAUUUACUAAAGCUGGUAUCUGGUAAUGAUAAUGUUCUCAAAAAAUAGUACCUUUUCCUUUACAAUGCUCGGUCCAGCAGACUUCGGGAGGUGAGCUUUUACAAGGUUAUUUUCCAGUUUUGCCUCUCAUUGUACAGCAAAUGAAUGAAGAUUUUAAAAAUGUAAUUAAACAAUCAAAGUGGACAUGCUACACAUACCCAUAUUCCUGUAUUAUAUUUGAGACCAAUAUUGUUACCAAAAAUUUUUUUAAUAAUUGUGAAUUAUUAAGUUUUAUUUCCGACAAUAACUACUAUACUUUGUAUACAGAUGGUAGCAAAAGUGAGCUCUUUGUGCGCAGUGCCGUUUAUGAUCCACAAUGCAAGUUUGGUCAAAGUUUUCUUCUGGACCCUAAAUGCAGUGUUUUCACUGCAGAGGUAUAUGCGGCCCUCGAGGCCCUGAAGGCCCUGAAGAGGAUUGCACAUAUAAAUAGUUUUAAUAAUUUUUUAAUUUUAACAGACAGUUUAAGUAUGGUCCAAAGUUUAACUAAUCUCAGAUUUGACUUUAAAAAAAACUAUAUUUUGUAUAAUAUUAAAAAAUUGUUAUUUAGUUAUGCAAAAAAGGGUAUACAGGUCUCUUUCAUGUGGAUUCCAUCACAUAGGGGCAUAACAGGAAAUGAGAUAGUAGAUAAAAUUGCACGUGAUGGAACCAACAUGUUGGAUGUUAGCUCCAUAGUAAAAGUACCUUUGACCGACUGUUAUCAAUCUAUUGACAACCAGGUCAAUAGCUUAUGGGUCGAAUUUUGGAAACAAGAUCAAGAACAGAAGGGUAAAUGGUAUGGAACUGUUCAAGAAAAACUACCUGUAGCACCAUGGUAUAACAAACUGAAAAUGGCCAGUCGGGACUUUGUUACCACUAUAAAUAGACUGCGCUUUGGUCACUCCACCGUCCCGGCCCACCUGGCUCGAUUGGGCAUAGUGGAGAGCAGUUACUGCACCUUCUGCAAUAAUUCUGUUGGUGAUAUCGAACAUUUCAUAUUUACAUGUGAGUGCUUUUCAUUUGACAGAUUGAUUCUUGUCAGUGAAAUUAGUGACAUAGUGCAAAAUCAAGUGACAGUGCAAGAUCCCUCCCGCCGCCUGAGUGAUAUGUUAAAAAAUAGAUCCUAUUACGUGCCUCUAUAUAAAUUCAUCAAAAAUACAGUGGGGAAAUUAUAAUAAACCGAAUAAAAAUACUCAAGACUUGGCCUAAAGGUCUAGAUGCCAGGCCAUAAACUCC